GUGUUGUUCAGGUGUUGUUUAUAAAGGUAUCUAGGUGGAUUUGCAAUGUUACCUAUAAUUAUUCAGCAUUGUCAUUACAAUCUGAGUUUCAUUUUCUAUUCCCAAUCAGGAAAUAGGUGAAACUAUAAAGGAACCGUCAGGCAUAACAUUCAGAACACUUUUAGAUUGAUUCAACCUGUGAAUGCACUGCACCAGCUGAGAAAGGAAUACAAAGUGUUUUCCAUCCCAGCAACAUAAUGAGCAGCAGAAUGGGAGAUUUGUUGAAAGAGAAGCUCGAUCAGCUUCAGUGUCACUUCACGUGGAGCCCACAGAAGGAGACCAUUGACCUGGAUGAUAUGGUGUACAGAUUACAAGAUGCCAUAAUCUUUGCAGAUAAAUAUCAAGCUGCAUCCUACAACCAACUCGCUUUUGUAAACUGCCUGCAAGGCAACAGUGAGGAAGCUAUUCAAAACUUACAGGAAGCUGAAAAGAUUCUGAGGGAGAACCACAAAGAUGCAUUUGAAAGAAACAGCAUCAUCACCUAUGGAAACUAUGCCUGGGUGCAUUACCACAUGGGACAACUGGACAAGGCCCAGUCCUACCUCGACAAGCUGGAGAUGAUCUGUAAACCGCUCACUGAUGGUCCUCGCUAUACAGCAAUGAUACCUGAAGUGUAUGGGGAGAAGGGAUGGUCAUUGGUGAAUUCUGAUGCUCUAUAUUAUGAGGAGGCUAUGAAAUGUUUUGAGAAAGCUCUGGAGGAAGAUCCCAAUAACACGGAGUGGAUCAUGGGCAAAGCAACUGUUCUGUUCCGUCUGGAAUCAUAUUCUGGAACCCCAGAGAGUCGUGAAUGUAGUCAGUCAGUGAAUUAUCUGCGGCGUGUACUGGAGCUAGAUCCAGAUGAUUCAAUGGCCAUGGUGCUGCUGGCCUCAAAAUUGAAAGGAUGCAGUAGAAAGGAAGAAGCAAAUGAAUUAGUUGAGCAAGCAUUGCAGAAGUCCAGUAAUGAUCCAUAUGUGCUUCGCUAUUCGGCAAAAUUUUACAGAGAGGAAAGAGCAGUGGAGAAAGCAAUCAUUCUAUUGAAGCAAGCGUUAGAAUUAACUCCACACUCGUGCUUCAUUCACCACCAAAUUGGAAUAUGUUAUAAAUUUAAACUGAACGACCUUGGUGAUAUAAAUCCUCGCAGCCCCGCAACUCAGCAGCAAACUGAGUUGAUCAGUCUAUGUAAAUAUCACUUUCGAAAAGCCUCUGCGUGCCGUCCAAAGACAUCUAUUAAACCAAUGCUGGACUUAGCCAAGGUUUACAUAAUAAGUGGAGAGUAUUCUAAGGCAGAGGAAAUCUACAAUAAGCUGAUUAAAUUGGAGGACAUCCGUCCAGAAAAUGUACAGCAGAUAUGUUUAAGGGCUGGGUCAUUUGAAUUCUAUGAGAGAGGAUCAGAAUCAAGAGGUAUCAGCCUAUUUCUGAAAGGGGUGAAGAUUGAAUAUGAUUCAGGAGAACGGCAAAAGUGUAAGGAAAAAUUGGAGAAGUGGGCAGAUAGAAAACUUAGCUAUGCUCCACAUGACAGCAGAGCUCUUGGUGUGAGAGGGUUAAUGUAUAAGAUGGAUGGGAACAAGUCCAAGGCUAUUGAAUACUUUGAAAAGGCCUUGAAUAUUGAUCAUGAGAAUGAAGAAUAUCUGAGUGCUCUUUCAGAAUUACGUCUUAGUGAUUGAGCACCACAAGGAUGCUUAUAAUAUGCACCAAUUUCAUCUGAUCUAAGGAGAGGUUUGGUGAUGUGUGUGUUUUACUGAUUAUAUUCUGAUAGCAUCUUCUUUGAAUGAAGGCUCUACUUAUGUGUGUGAAGUUUUCAAAAAUGAUCUUGUGUUUCAUUUAAACAUUAAAAAAAAAAAAAUUCUACUUUAAAAAAUAAUAACACCUCAAGCAAACCAAUCAAAUGGAAUUUAGUUGUGUAAGUGUGGAAUUUGUGUUUAGUGUGGAAAGAUGGGAAU